CCAAAAAAGAAACUCAAACAACUUGAAAUCAGACCACAUUACAAACACCCCCCCCCGCUUCCCCUAAAUGUCGUUCUUUGCCAAGAAGCGCCUCAUUGGCGAAGUGACUGGCUCGAUGGACGCGCCGACGCCCGCCUUCCAAGCCCCGACGCCCGCAUUCAGUGCGCCCACUCCCGGCGCUUCGCUGGUCGCGCCACCAACACCAGGUGCCGCGCUGGUCGCGCACGCGGGCGCGGACGCCGGCGUGGACGUGGACGACGACCUCGAAGCAGAGCUGCUGCUGCUCGGUGGCGCUGACUCGGGAGACACUGGCCGGUCGUCCAAGCGCCGCCGCAUCGAUGAUGACGACGAGGACGACGAGGACGAUGGGGACGAUGACGAUGGCCGUCGUCGCCGUCGACGGGACAGCGGCAGCGAGAGCGCCAGCGACAGCGACCGAGCUGGCCGCAAAGCAUCGUCCAAGUCCGCCUCGUCGUCCAGCAACAAGGCCUCCGCCAACAAGGCCCGUGGCAAUGCUGCUGGCGACGACUCUGACUCGGACGACGGCGCGGCGGAACGCAAGUCGCGGCGCUCGACCACCGCGGCCCAAAGCAGCCGCUCCAAGGCGCGAGCCAAAGCGCUGGCCGCCGCAGGAGGCAGCGACAGCAGCGACAGCGAGAGCGAGGACAGCGACGGAGGCCGUUGGGGAUCGAAAUCCAAGGGCGGAAAGCGCGGAAAGCGAUCGGGAAAGAAAGGGCAGAAACGCAAGGUCGCCGUCUCAGAUGACGAGGGCUCGGAUUCGGAUGACGCGUCAGACAGCCAGUCGUCGGACGGCUCAAACUCGAGCGACGACGGCAGCGAUGCCGGCGACGAAUCUGGAGAGGAACUGACUGCAGAGGAGCGAGUGCUGCUGUCAUACACGGAGGAUCAUAUGGGCGACGCUGCGGAUCGCGAGCGGCUCUUCGCCCUGUCGGAAGUCGAUCGCGAGGCGGUGCUGUUCGAGCGCUCUGAGAAGAUCCAAGCGCUCAAGGAGCGUCAGAUCAUUCGACAGCAGUUGCGCGAAAAGGCAGCCCGUGAAGGCAAGGGUCGAUCGAACCGAGCGUCAUCGUCGCGCUCCAAGGACGGCAAGACGUCUAAAAAGGGACAAAAGUCGUCGUCGUCGUCGUCGUCCAAGAAGAAGGACAAGUCGUCAUCGCGCAAAUCACGCGGCGGCGACUCGGACGACCAACUCGAGGUCGAGGCAUUGGGAGAGCGCGGACGCAACAGCAAAUCCGCCGCGCAGCUCGAGCGCGAGCGAGCUCUCAAAGACCUCAGCCUGCGUCGCGCGGCCGGCUCUACAUCGCAAGACGCCUUUACCUUUGCAGGCGACCGCCACAGCGACCAGGAGACUGACCGUCAGCGCGACGACGGCGCCACAGCCAUGUCGAUUGAUGACGACCAGCCGCCCGAGGCUCCACUCACUCUGGAUGACUUGAACCGCGCUCGGUUGACGCGAAGCAAGCUGGAAAAGUACGUGCACGCUCCGUUCUUUGCCAAGUCCAUUCGAAACUGCUACGUGCGCGUGAACAUUGGUGUCAGCAACGGCCAGACCACAUACCGCCUUGCCAAGGUUGCCGGGGUCGAGGAGGGCAAGAAGGCGUAUCAGCUCGGCGCGACGCGCACCAACAAGCUGAUUGAGCUGGACUACUGCGGCUCCCAUCGCAGCUACCGCCUCGAGUACGUAUCAAACACUGACUUUACCGAGUCCGAAUUCUACAAGUGGAAGGACGACAUGGCGUUCAACCGCAUCCCCUUGCCGAGUUUGGACGAGCUGCGACACCGUUCCAAGCAGAUUCAAAGCAUGUCUCAGCAUGUCCGAACGUCCCAAGUCAUCGACGCCAUGCUGCAAGAGCGAAAUCGGUUCCAGAAGGCACCAGAAGGCCUGGCGUAUGCCAAGACUUCGCUUGCUCACGAAAUCAGCGUUCUCGAGCAGCAGGGCGAUCCUCAAGGCUUACUUCCCGGCUUGCGCGAAAAGCUUGCCGAGACAGAGGCCGCCGCCGAAGAGAACAACAAGAAGGCGACUGAAAAUCUGAGCUUGGUCUCGCAAAUCAAUGCCAAGAAUCGCCACAAGAAUCUCAGCGACUUGGGCCGCAAGGCCUCUGGCGAGAAGGUUGUGUCGAAGCUCGAUCCUUUCGAGCGGCGAGCGUGCCGCCCAGUCAUGUUCGCCUUCCCGAAGGAGGAUCCCAACGCAUCGCAUGCGACCGCGGCUCCUGCGGCACCCGUUGAAGUGAACACGGCCAAGACCACACAUGCAGAUGCCCCCAAGCCAGCCUUCGAGGCUCGGUCCUACCAGGUCGAUCCUGUUGCUGCACAGAAGGCAUUGUUUGGCGCGUCGAUUGGCGUUUCUUCGGCCAAGGCACCAGAGAAAUCAGCACUCCCGCCCAUCCGAGACUUGUUUGCUUCGGCGGAUUUGCGUCUCGACAUUGAUGUGUCAACCAGCGCGCCAGUAACCAUGCCAGGUAUUACUCCCACAAGCGCAGUCCGGCGUGCAAUGCCCGACAACAAGAAUCGCACCAUCAGUUUUGCAGAUUACAAGCAACGAAAUGGGUUGUUUUGAAGAAUGGUGUUUGUUUUCACACAGAGUUUAUGCACAAUUACCAAACGCGCCAACAAUCAGUUGU